CCUACGAGCAGUUCAACUCGUGUGGUGUGUGGUAUUCACGUAGUUUUAACCCAGAAAAAUAAAUAUUAUUUUUCUGCCUUUUAGAACUGGAUAUACUGUGAUUAUUUACAUGUAUUAAAUAUGAAAUACCUUGGAAUUUUUAUUGCUUGCUUCGCAUACGUGACGUACGCUAAAGUUCCUCACUUGGAAAACGUGAAAUCAGACGUAGGCUAUCACGCUAUCGCUAGAGAAAAUGGACGAAACGUAGAAGUAUCGCCUAGGAUAAGAGUUGUUGAUGGAGAAGUUUGUAGUUUUACUAUCACAAAUAAGCACCACGGAGAUAUUCCUUUCAUGGUGCAGAUCGUGGAUAAGGAUAAAGGUGAAGCUAAGUUAGUAGCCAAAAAGGAGCUUAAUUGUGAAAAGCGAAAAGCUUACAAAUUUGACAUCGCUGCCGUAGGCUGCGACGGACAAACGUCUGAAAACGUAACUGUACACUUGACAGUGGAGGAUUUGAACGAAUUUGCUCCCGAAUUCGUCCAAGAAACGUAUUCUGCGGAAGCGGACGAAGAUCGCCUUUACGACAAAAUUGUCCAAGUGGAAGCUGACGACAACGACUGUUCUGCCAAGUUUAGCGACAUAUGUAAAUACGAAAUAUUGUCCGGAGAUCAGCCUUUUACUAUUGAUCAAGAAGGACGCAUCAAAAAUACUGAACCAUUAUCAUGGGAAGACGCUCCGAAUCACAUCCUGACGGUUGUGGCGUACGAUUGCGGGAUGAAGCAAUCGAAACCGGCCACAGUGAACAUCAAAGUGAAUCGUGUCUGCCGAAUCGGAUGGAAAGGUGUUCGCGAACGAAUCGAAUAUACCCCAGGAUCCGGCAGGAGGUCCCUGUUUCCUGAGGCCCGACUUGAGCUGUGCGACGUGCCCUGCAAGCUGGAACGAGUAGCCGCCAAAGUGACGCUGGCGACGCACCACAUUGGCAAAGGCUGCGACAGAGAUACCUACUCUGUCGAGUCUCAGAGAAAACUUUGCGGUGCAAGUUCAGAUAGUAUUGACCUUCUUCCUAGUCCUGGUAUUGGAGCAGAGUGGACCAGGGGUUUGCCCACUGACGAUGGACAUGAGAGUGACCAGAUAUAUGAGUUUGAUGGCACUUCUAAUGCUGUGGUCAUACCUGAAACAACCCUGAGCCACAAUCUUACUGAUAAUUUUACUGUAGCAUUCUGGAUGAAGCAUGAAGCUUAUCCUGAUCAGAAUGAUACACAUAUGAAGGAGCACAUCAUUUGCAAUGCUGAUGAUCACAAAAUGAAUCGACAUCACUAUUCCAUAUUUGUCCGAAACUGUCGUCUAAUUUUACUUCUCAGACGUGAGUUUUAUCAAGAAAGACCAAGCAUUUUCAGGCCAGCUGAAUGGCGCUGGAAAAUGCCAGAAGUUUGUGACAAUCAAUGGCAUCAUUAUGCUGUUAGUGUUAAUUUCCCAGAGGCAACUUUGUAUGUUGAUGGUCAACAGUUUAAAAUUCAGACUAAUAAUCCGGACAUAGUUGAUGAUUGGCCUUUGCAUCCUGCAAAAGAUAUAAAUACUACCUUUGUUGUUGGAGCCUGUUGGCAAGGGAAAGAUGAGAAAAUGUCUUUCAACUUCCAUGGCUUCCUUGCUGGACUCUCAGUGCUCAGAGGUCGCACUGAAAAUCCAGAAGUUUUGGCAUGCUUGCAUCGUUGUAAAGAGGGUUUGGAGGUGCCCCCUGCUGAUUUGCUGGAACCUGGAAUGGAGUUACUGACAAAUUCUGAUAUGAGUGAAGUUACAGUAGAAGGUAACAGUAAGAGUAAUUUAGAAGAUUUAAUCUCUCGUGUGGGAUAUGUCAACUCGAGGGAAUUUCCCACUCCUGGACGCCGCAGUGUUCAAAUUGCCACUAGUGUGACAUGUGCUAGAGGAAAAUCUGUAAAAGUUCCAUCAAUCGAUGCCUAUGUGAUGGUACUACAACCAGAAUUGCCAAGCAUUACAAUAAAUGGCACUCCUAAUCUAGCAAGAGAAUAUGAAGCUUUCAAACAAGGCAUACAGUUAUUUGCUUCUGUGUCUGUCCUCAUCAGCCAAGAUCAGGACGAAGAAUUGUCUCUGCAUGGCAAUCUUGACAGCAGUUCCAAUUCCUUGGAUCACAAAUUGGACUCUUGCAGUGUCCAAGUCUACCCUCCCCUCAAUCCAGACCAUGAGUAUUUCAAGCUUCCCAGAAGUCUAAUGACACACCUUGGUAUCCAUUCCAAAGAAAAUAAAGACGGCCUAGUUAUUUUUGGGGCUGAUACUAUUCAUAAUUAUGAUCUUGUCCUUCGACAGAUAGUUUAUUACAACAGAAAGCCUGCCUAUUACCUAAAUCGUGCCUUCAAAUUGGUUUGCUCUGAGCUGAAUGGCCGUUUUGUCAGCAAUGAGUAUAUUCAAACACUCACCGUUAUUCACCCAAGAGCAGAACCCGGACAUGAAGCGGAACCCAAACCGGCGGAGCCGGUGAACCAUGCCCAAGUGCAUGACCACAAAGUAGAGUUUAAGGAAGCAAAAAUUCGAGCUGCGGGAUUUAUGGACAAUGGCCUUGGAGAAGGAAGCGAGGCCAUUGCUAAAACCUCUGCAAGUCAUGCAGUGGCUAUUAUUAUAGUUGUAUGUGUCGGCUUCUUAGUGUUUAUGAUAGUUUUGGGAGUGAUACGAAUUCGAGCAGCACACCACAGAUCUCGAGAAUCCAGAGAUGAUGAGCAAGAAAUGGCCUGGGAUGAUUCCUCCCUCACAAUCAUUGUCAACCCUAUGGAUCAAAUCGAGCAAGAGCAGAGCAGUCGACCUCUCAACGAAGAAGACGAGAGCGAAAGCUCAGACGACGGGAGCAGCUAUCGCGACGACGGGGAGUCGUCCGAGGAAGAAGAGGAGGCUGGCAAAGCCAAGACUAAGGAGCUAGAAUGGGACGAUUCUACCCUCAACUUUUGAACAAUGGUCCAGCGUCGCCAAGACCUUGGACGUAUCCACAUACAUGCAUUCCGGAGCUAGCUGUUUUGGCACGCACUCUCAAAUUUUGCUGGAGACAAAAAAUUUCAAAAAGAAGCACUCAUGAAGAUUCAAAUAAUUCUCGACGGGAAACAAAAGGAUAUAUACCAGCUGCUUUAGAAGUUGUAUGCGGAUACCGUUUACGUGAACUCUGACGCGGCGGAUAGUUGUCAUUGAGCAGUCCGUUGUAAAAUGUUUCGUCUUUUUUCUGUAAAAAUAUCUAGUGCAGUGUUUCCUUUCGGUAUGAUUUCUCAUCGAAAGAAGGGAUCAUCUUAUUAGGCCAUCAAUUUAUAUACUUAUCAGUGUCAUAUUUAGUGCCAUACGAGUGGUAAAUUUGAGUUCCUGCAUAAAUCCCCUCUUUAAAGUAUAUAUACAUACAUACAAGCAGUAUAGUCCUGACCUUUUAUUUUUCAAAGCAUUUUCACGGGUCUCAAGGCAUCAUUGUUCAACUAUUUUCUAUCUCUAAGCUUCAAAAUGCUAAUUCAGUAAAUACGAACAUUGCAUAUGAGAUGCAAAUACUUAACCUUUACAGUAUGGACUUAUGGUUAUUACAUGCACAAAAUGUCAUAAAGCACAUUGUAGCUAGCUGCAUUUAUUUUAGUACGUUCGACAAAUUAUAAUCAUGAGAGAAUAAAUGAUUUAACUUAUUUCAUUCGAAUGAAUUGACCCUUAGCUACUAGUGAAACAUAAUCAUAAUGCAGUAGCUAUUGCACAAGUGCUGAUAGUGUGAACCAAUGAUGCUACUGCUGAAUUAUUCAGGAUUUGCAUUUACCCACCCAUGUUGUUUCAUAUUUAACAUAUAUUUCUAUUAAAGCAUGAUAAAGUAACAGUUUUCAGGACUUAAAUUUGAAGACGCAUACGUUUGUUUUGAUAUGCAAUAAAUUUGUUGAUAAUACUGUACAGUGAAUUUCUGCGUAAAUGCAAAACCUGGAGCUAUAUAUUUUCAUCCAAUCAGUAAAGGUUAAUGUGUUUCGCAACAACCUUGAUAUUAGAUUAUCUCCCUUUUUCGCACACCAUCGUAGAUCAUGAUAAAUCGGAAACACAUAUCGGAAUUUUGGAAGAUUUUUUUCUUUGUCUGUAUUUAACAUAUAUGUGUCGUAACUUUAACGCAUGCUUGUCUUAGUAUCCUAAAACUAAUGUCUUAGGGCUUAGAGAGAGACUUAUUUGUGAUGUCAAUUAUUACUGGCUGGGUGUAUAAGUGUACUUAUUUUAGCAGUCGGACAUUUGUACAGUUUGUGCCACUGAAUGGCUUUCUUCUUAUUUCUUGUGAAUACGUCAGUAAUGCUACUAUUUGUGAUCAGAAAUGUAAAAAAAUGAAAGUUUUGAGUUGGCAUUCUGUAAUUGUUGUCUGCAAGUAUUACAUUUUCAUUAUUUUUUGUGCCAUAGCAUUUUCUCUUCAGUUUGCCAGUAUCUGUGAUGACUGGCAAAGUAGCGAAUGGCUAACUAUUACAGAAUGCUUCAAAUUAAUUAUUUAAAAAAAAUCUAGAUCCCACCCACACGAAAACCAGUUUAUCAGUUGUUAGAUUUGCAAUUGAAUAAUGUUUUGUAUAUGUAUAUCUUUGUUGCAUUACAUUCCAUAUUUUUCUCUUUUUAGAGUAAAAUAUUAUAUUGUUGAUAUAAAUGUAAUAAUUGGUGGUGGGAAUUUAAAAAUGAAUUAAUUUUUUUUUAUUAAUCAAGUGAUAUUUUGUCAUGUAUUGAUGUGCGCAGUUUUUCUCUUGUAAUAUGUUUAUCUAACUAAGCUUAAAUGGCGGACAGUCUUAUUUUACUUACAAUUCUUGACUUUUAAGAUCAGGUCAAAAUGUUUGAGAAACUCUUUGUUCUUACACUUAAGUAUGGUCUAAUUUUAUUCAGUUUCUGAAAUUCUGAAUGCUAAAUAUUCAGAAGGCCAAUUUCUACAAGAAGUAAGAAAACAUUUGUCUAAUGGAUUAAAAAACUUAUGCCUGGCUUUUUAAGCUGAUAAUUUAAUUAUUCGUAAAAAGGUAUUUCAAAAUGAACUGCUUUAUUUUUAAAAAUUCUAAUUUACAUCAAAGAUGCACCAUGUGCAACUCCUUUAUAUUAGGUAAAAAUUUAUAAAAUGGGAAAUUUUUUAAAUUUUUAAUUAAACAGCAGACUUUGUUCUGUAUAUUGUGUUGCUGUAAAUGCAAUAAAGUCGUUUUAUCCCCCAA